AUGAACACCAUCUUUCCGGACAUUCAACUUCGCGCUUUGAAGCCGCCCAUGCAACCAGCAGAACUUUUAAAGACCCUACGAUUCAACGUUUCCCUUACAUCCUCACAAGAAAUCAAUUGUUUCAUUCAAGAAGCGGAACACGACCUAAAUCUCUACGACAAGCUCAUCCAACAUAUCAAAAUAAAAAAGGCAGCUCUCAAAAACGACAUCACUCGAUACAGGUCGCUCCAGUCUCCCAUUCGUAAACUUCCACCUGAAACUCUUCGUCGGAUUUUUGGGAUUGCGGCAGGUCCGAAUCAAUGUGGGAGACCAUGUCAUGGCCGGGGGACGUCCAUUUUCCGCCUGAGCAGUGUCUGCACUAGAUGGAGGGAGGUCGCUCUCAACUCUCCGGAGUUAUGGGCAAAUAUAUCGAUUUACAUGGAUUUGGGGGCCAUUCGUCCACUGGAACUGUGUUUACGGCGUUCGCAACAACAUCCCUUGUCUCUUCAGUUGGAUCCAGGAUGGGACAGAGCACAAGCAGGCACGCCUAUCUCGGAACUGUUUCGUCUCCUUUUGGAACAUAGUCGUCGUUGGCAGCAUCUGGAUGUCCGUACCGUCGAUUUCUUCGCGUUCGACGGGAUCGGCGAAAUGCCUCUCCUGCAAUCGGUUAAAUGUUGUCCUUUUGCAGGAGAAAUCAUGCCUUUCGGCAAUGCUCCAAACCUGCGGCAACUUCAGAUUCUGCAAGAGUUUCAUGAUGUUGGUGAACCGGUGGAUCUUACCUCUUUACCUUGGAGCACUCUACGCCACCUUGAUCUUGUAGAUACUGAACACUACUGGGAUCGAGAAGCCAUCGUCGAGUGUUUUCGACGCGGGAACAAGUUGCAAUCGUUUGUCUAUCGCCACGAAAGCGAGGAAUAUCCCUCCAUCCGAACCCGAAAUGAACAUUGCGUCGUUUCGAAUAUAGAAUCUCUCUCACUCGAGUUACCGAAUCCCGAUUCUUUUAAUUACGUUCUCUCGGAGAUGAUUCAGGCUGUAACACUCCCUUCCUUAGUCAACUUCACAAUCUCUUGCACCCCACCAGAACCUUACGGAGAACCUAACUAUAUCAAAUUCUUCAUGGCUUGGCCUGGAAACGUGUUUAGUGAAUUCAUGGAACGCUCCAAGUGCAACCUAACGACUCUGGCGCUCAAAGGAAUUCCUCUGUCAGAGUCUAAACUCAUGCCACUAUUACAGCUCACACCGUCACUUCAUACCUUUAUCCUUCACGAGUUCUUGGCCACCGAAGACGCCUGGGACGACGAUGACUUUGAAGAUAGGAAGAACAAGUACCAAACGGUGACAGAAUCCUUUCUCAACCGCUUAGCGGUUAGCCCGUUGACCGCAGACCCAUUCCUUUCCCGUAAUCCUCUCCUUCCGAAACUCAAGUGGUUUACGCUCAGAGUUCAGUCCCACUUUGAUGCCGACGCCGCCUUCGUUGAAUUGGUCAAGUCGAGGUGGGUCUAUCCGACUGGCGAUCUCCCGUUCCAUGAUAUGGAAACACUCAGGACAGUUGAGCUGCAUGUUUUGAAUCGGAGUCUCCCUAAGAAAGUGUAUGAGCCAUUGAAGGCAGUAGAUGCUGAUGGGAUGAUGAUUAGUGUUUUUGGGAAUGGAAAGCGCAUUGUAUGA